GGUCCUCGUGGCUGGGGAGUGUUUGCUCUGUGGCUGGGUUGUUUCAUGAUAUAGAAUAUUGUAUGUUACAUAGGUACCCGUUCUGCCUAUCAGCGAAGUUAUAAGACUGUUUGGCUGCGUUGAGAGCCGAUUCGGAUAAUCCAAGCUCAAGAUGAAGAUUGAGGAAGUGAAGAGCACUACCAAAGCACAGCGUGUGUCGAGUCACAGCCAUGUCAAGGGGCUGGGGCUGAAUGAAACUGGCAAGGCAGUGACCUGUGCAGCUGGUCUGGUGGGCCAGGAGGAGGCUCGGGAGGCAUGUGGCAUCAUUGUGGACUUGAUCAAGUCAAAGCGGAUGGCGGGCCGCGGAAUCCUGCUGGUCGGGCCACCUGGCACUGGCAAGACAGCUGUGGCCCUGGCUGUCUCCCAGGAGCUGGGCUCUAAGGUGCCGUUCUGCCCGAUGGUCGGCUCGGAGGUCUUCAGCUCGGAGAUCAAGAAGACCGAGGUGCUGAUGGAGAACUUCCGGCGCGCCAUCGGGCUGCGCAUCAAGGAGAUGAAGGAGGUGUACGAGGGCGAGGUCACCGAACUCUCGCCGCAGGAGACCGAAAACCCGAUGGGAGGCUACGGCAAGACCAUCAGCUCGGUGGUGAUCGGACUGAAGACGGCCAAGGGCACCAAACAGCUGAAGCUGGACCCGUCCAUCUACGAGUCGCUGCAGAAGGAGAAGGUGGAGGUGGGCGACGUCAUCUACAUCGAGGCCAACAGCGGCUCGGUGAAGCGGCAGGGCCGCAGCGACACGUUCGCCACCGAGUACGACCUGGAGGCCGAGGAGUACGUGCCGCUGCCCAAGGGGGACGUGCACAAGAAGAAGGAGGUGAUCCAGGACGUGACGCUGCACGACCUGGACGUGGCCAACGCGCGGCCGCAGGGCGGCCAGGACAUCCUCUCCAUGAUGGGUCAGCUGAUGAAGCCCAAGAAGACGGAGAUCACAGACAAGCUGCGACGGGAGAUCAACAAGGUGGUGAACAAGUACAUCGACGAGGGCAUCGCCGAGCUCGUGCCGGGUGUGCUGUUCAUCGACGAGGUGCACAUGCUGGACAUCGAGUGCUUCACCUACCUGCACCGCGCGCUGGAGAUGACCAUCGCGCCCAUUGUCAUCUUCGCCACCAACCGGGGCAACUGCGCCGUCCGCGGCUGCGAGGACGUGGUGUCGCCGCACGGCAUCCCGCUCGACCUGCUGGACCGGCUGCUGAUCGUGCGCACGCUGCCGUACAGCCAGGAGGAGAUGACGCAGAUCAUCCAGAUCCGCGCACAGACCGAGGGCCUGGCCGUUGACGAGGCGGCGCUGCAGGCGCUGGGCCAGGUGGGCGCCGACACGACGCUGCGGUACGCCGUGCAGCUGCUGACGCCGGCCAGCCUGACGGCGCGCGUCAAUGGCCGUCAAGCCAUCAGCGCCGCCGACCUGGCCGAGGUCGGCCAGCUCUUCCACGACGCCAAGGCCUCGGCCAAGAUCCUGGCCGCCAACAGCGCCAAGUAUAUGAAGUGAGGCGGCGGUGUGGCGACCGGCUCAAGGUCACGGACUGGGUGGGCCGCGUGGGCCGACUAACGCCCGCAGACUGGGAUUUCGAUUUGUGCAUCGUGUAGUCAUUGUUCGACGCUUGUGUUGUCAUUCAUUCCAUGCUGUUCGACACAAAUAUACCAUAAAUUUAAG